UCACUCAAAACCAACCUUAAUUACUAAUUAUAAUCCUUUUGCACCGCAAGUUUAAGAACUUUUAACGAUUUGAAUCGAACAAAUUAAGAUGUCAGAUCACGCCCUAACAAUCGUCUCCCUUUCAUUUAUCGGCCUACUCAAACUGGUUUUUUGUUCCAAUUCCAUUCACUACAUCCACCACUACUGCUCUUUAGAAGUUAACAAAACCCAAAACGCCGCUUUCCAAGACAACGUCGACCGCCUCCUCUCCGACCUCUCCUCCAAAUCCUAUGGCAACAGAUUCUACAACUCCACAUCCGGAGACAACGACAAAAAAGUUUACGGCUUAUUCCUUUGUCGAGGUGACGUCUCCCCCGGAGUCUGCCGUGACUGCAUCGACGACUCCACCAAAAACCUCAAACAAAACUGCACCCACAACAAAGAUUCGAUCGUUUGGUACGAGGAAUGCAUGCUGAGAUAUUCAAACCAUUCCAUCUUUGCCACAGAGGAGGAGAUGCCGUGGCGAUAUUGGUGCAGCGUGAACAAAGUUUCCAACACGGACCAGUUUAAUCAGAGUUUGUCCACCUUGAUGAAUGGGCUUGUGGACAAGGCGGCGUUUGGCAAUACCACUCCACCGUUUUUUGCGACGGGGGACGACAAGAAAGGCGGUGGCGGCAUUUCAAUAUAUUGUUUGAUGCAAUGCACGCCGGACAUAAAUGGGAGUGAGUGUCAAAGGUGUUUGAAGGCGGCUGUCGGCGGUUAUCAGGAGACUUGUGAGGGGAGGACAUGGUCUAUGAUAUUUUCGCCUAGCUGUCAGGUGAGGUAUGGGUCUGAUCCUUUCUAUGGGGAAGGAAAGCCAAUCAAAAGUGGCGGUGGAAGAGGGAAGAACAAUUCAUAUGUGGCUGUUGCAGCGGUAUUGUGCAUGGUUCUGUCUGGCUUAUUGGUUAAUCUACGUGCAUGAUAGAAAUGCUAAAGAAAUGAUAAUGUAGCCAUUUUUCUAAAACAACAGAAGAUCUCAUCAUCUGAACAUAUGAAUUAAGAACAGAUUGGAUUAUUAUGGGUACGUACAAGAAGAAGCAUUCAGUUAUAGACCCAGAUGUAAUGCAACCAAACUGAAAUUGUCCUCAUGCAUGCUCAUGAAGUUGGUGAGUUGCUCUCCCUUUUCCCAUCCAGUCUCCACACCUGCACUUCCAACAAAAUAUCUGUGAGCACGUACAAGUUGUGUACGUAACCUUCCAGGCAAUAGACAAUUGAAUCUGAGAAUCGUGCAAGUGGAUUGGACGAAUCCACACCAUUAAGUCAAAUACUUUAGUUUGGUUUUAGUUUAGAAACAGAGCAGCUUUCUGAUUUAUAUUAAUAUAUAUGUCGUAAAUUAUAUAAAACGGAUGUGUUGAAUUGAAUGAACCAGUUAUUCUUUCUUCU